UACUAGCGUAGCUGCGAAGCAUUUCAUCGCCCAGCGCUGUUGCUGACCGGAUAAGUUACCAUCUUCAGUCGACUGAGCUAUUACCAUAACCAUGACGAACAUUCAACGCUCUCUGACAGCAGCUACCGUAGCUUUCAUUGCUAUGCUUCACGCUACACGUGCGUCGUUCGACCUUGGUUGGACGACGAAGGACACCGAGAGCUAUGCUAUAUUUCCGGCUGCAAUUCCGGAACUCAGCGAAUUGUCCGUCUGCUUUUGGAUGCGCACCACGGACUGGGACAGUGAGCUAGUCGUGCUGUCAUACGCCACCCCAGACAACGACAAUGAAAUAGUCAUAUACCUACCUGGGGAAGACAAGAUCCGUUUUUACGUGGCCGGCCAGUACAAAGAAGCGGUAGCUAACGUACGUGACGGGCGUUUCCAUCAGAUCUGCAUGAUUUGGCGGAAACAGCUCGGCAACUGGGCGAUCUAUAUCGAUGCAUCCCGCGCAUCAGCUGGCAUCGGGUUAAGCUCCGGCGUAACAAUAAAGGACGACGGUGUGCUAGUCAUCGGACAGGAGCAGGACGAGUUGGCAGGCGACUUCGACUACAACCAAGCAUACAUCGGCGAACUGAGCGACCUUAACGUCUUCAACCGGAGCCUCACCGACAACGAGGUCAACGUCAUGUCGCGAACGUGCUACUACGAUGGCGGCAACGUUCUGAGAUGGUAUGACGUCAGGGGUGGUCUCCGUGGCAACCCCAAGUUCUACUCGCCGACCGCCUGCCAAGGGUUUGACGGAGAGAUGAUUAAUCGCAAUGCAGCGCCAGUGCGCACGAAAUCCUUCCUAGCCAGCGACCAUUACAACCGCAACGGCGGUGCUAUUUAACGCACACAACUACCGCCAAUGUUGAAAUAUCGAACGAGCGAGAGAGUCGCUAUUACAUGUAAUGGCAAGGUUGGUAAACCGACUAGAGUGCUCAGAAAUGACGUUUCCAUAAAAAGUGGCAAUU